AUGAACGCAAGCCUGGACCCGUCCUCCGUCCACGGCCAUCCCUGGCUGUCCUUCUCCGUGUACCUCUUCACCUUCCUCGUGGGGCUCCCCCUCAACCUGGUGGCUCUGGUGAUCUUCGCCCGCAAGCUGCAGCACCGCCCGGUGGCGGUGGACGUGCUCUUGCUGAACCUGACGGUCUCCGACCUGCUGCUGCUGCUCUUCCUGCCCUUCCGCAUGGCGGAGGCGGCCAGCGGCAUGCGCUGGCGGCUGCCCUUCACCCUCUGCCCCUUGUCCAAAUUCGUCUUCUUCACCACCAUCUAUCUCACUUCCCUGUUCCUAGCCGCGGUGAGCGUCGAGCGCUUCCUGAGCGUGGCCUACCCGCUGUGGUACAAGACCCGGUCAAGGUUGCGACAGGCCUGCCUGGUCAGCGGGGCCUGCUGGCUCCUGGCCACGGCGCACUGCAGCGUGGUCUACACCACCGAGCUCUUGGGGAACUCUUCCCACAGCACCUGCUACCUGGAAUUCCAGGACGACCAGCUGGCCAUUCUCCUGCCUGUUCGGCUGGAGAUGGCCGUGGUCCUUUUCGCGAUACCCCUGCUCAUCACCGGCUACUGCUACAGCCGCCUGGUGUACCUGCUCGGUCAGGGAGCCAUCCGCCGGCGGAGGAGGGUGGCGGGGCUGGUGACGGCCACGCUGCUUAAUUUCCUUAUCUGCUUUGGGCCCUACAACGUGUCCCAUGUCGUGGGCUACGUCCAGGGUAAGAGCCCAACGUGGAGAACUUACGUGCUGCUCCUCAGCACCCUGAAUUCUUGUGUGGAUCCCUUGGUUUACUACUUCUCGUCGUCUGGGUUCCAAGCUGACUUUCAGAGCCUGCUGAAGAGGCUGAUUGGAGUCUGGGUUUUUUGGGGGCCGGAGAGAUGCUUGAAAUGGAAGAAGAAGGAGGAGGAUUCACUUCAGGAACUGUAG